AUGGACGAACAUUUGCUGCAAACAGAUUCGGAGAUUAUUAGUAAACACUGUCUGACGGGAUUGCAUGUUGCACUGGGCUACGGGCCCUGCAGCUCCAGCUGCGGCGGCGGACGACAGAGUCGGCCGGUGGUGUGUGUCCGCACCAGCGACUACGAACCGGUGGACGAUGAAUUAUGCGACGCGCUGGUCAAACCACAGCCCAGUCGGCAGUGCAAUGUCGACGAUCCCUGCCCCGCAUUCCGGACCCGUCGCGCCGUGUGCACCUCCGAGAACGGCACGGUCUACCCGUUGUCCAUGUGCGCGUCGGCCAAGAAGCCGGAACUGUCGGAUGCCUGCGCCAAUGCGCCGCCCUGCGACGCCAUGUGGUUCUCCACGGAAUGUAGCAAAUGCUCGCAAAAUGCGGCAGUGGAUCGAAGCGGCGGUACAUUAUCUGCCUGAAGAACGACAGCGUGGUGGUCUCGUCCAGCUGCGAUAAGAAGC